AUGUCACAGUGUAGACGAAGACUUACAGAUGAAGAAAUUUUGGAUGUUCUGUUCAAUGAUUCGGGUCCUGAAGGAGAACUUGUGACUAUUCUGAAGAUGACAGAGAUACUACAGAGCUUCAGAGACUCGCUAGUGCCAAGUGAGAAUUUGACCACAGACGAAGGAGUGUGUGCCUUUAGAGGCAGGAUACAUUUUAGAGUCUACAUUAAGAACAAACCAGAGAAGUAUGGCACCAAACUGUCCUUUGUGUGUGACUCAAACAUUGGUUAUGUUCUAAAUAUGGAGAUUUACACAGGCAAAGGUGAUGCCUUCACAAUUAUUCCAUUGUUUGAACGUCUACUUUCACCCUAUUUAUCUAAAGGUCACACUGUUUACAUGGACUGGUUUUAUACUAGCCCUAAAGUUAUUGACUUCUUAUGGAGCAAAGACACUUUAGGUGUUGGCAGUGUUAUGCUAAACAGAAAAGAAAUGCCUACGAGCUUGAAAAAAGUUGUACUGAAGAAAGGUGAAAUGACAUUCAGACAUAGACCACAUAUGAUGGCUUGUAAGUGGAAAGACACCUGGGAUGUGAGAGUGUUGUCUUCAAAACAUGGGGCAACAGUAUUUGACGUAACUGUUAGGGCUAAAGGGGGCCAUAUAAAAAAAUUCAAGCCUGAUGCAGUCCUUGAUUAUAAUAUGAACAAGACAGGUGUUGAUCGAAGGGAUCAACUUGUUGCUUACUAUCCCUUCAAAAAGAAAAGUAUGAAAUGGUGGAAGAAGCUUUUCUUCCACCUUUUCAUUCGGGGAAUAGUAAACAGUUACAUAAUGUAA